UUCCUCGUGACAACACAGCAAGCAGUAUGAAGACUCAGAUCUUAAUCGUGUUGGGCAUGGCAGCCUUGGCAGCUGCAGACAGCAGGGAAAGGUUCUCGUAUGGUCCCCCUCGGCCUUACUCAGCGGAGUCGUUCGAGUCUAGUGAGGCUCAGUACAACUUCAACUAUGCUGUGAAACACGAAGACUCCGGCAACGACUUCGGUCACCAGGAGACCCGCGACGGUGACGACACCAAGGGGUCGUACUACGUGCAGCUUCCCGACGGUCGUCUGCAGACCGUGACUUACUUCGUGGACGGUGACUCAGGUUACAUCGCUGAUGUCAAGUACGACGGUGAGGCUCGCUACCCAGACUCCGACGAGUCCAGGGAGGCUCCCCGCUACGUCCCACCCAGGCCCCGGUACUCUGCUCCUGACUCCCACGAGUCCCGAGAGGUUCCAGUAUUCGUCCAACCCAGACCUCGGUACUUCGCUCCAGACUCCCACGAGUCUCGUGAGGCUCCAGUAUUCGUCCAACCCAGACCUCGUUACUUCUUCCGUGACUCUAAUGAGUCCAAGUAAUCACCACCAACGUUCAUAUUCCUCAUCGAAUCACCACAGUCUUGACAGACCAACUAUUUAUUAAUGGAAAUGGAAAUAUUUCAAUUGAACAAGCAAAUUAUUCCAAUAUUAUUUAUUCAGCUUAUUUGUGUGAAAUAAAGAGCCUUAAGAAUCAUC